UGAUGUAUUCACCUUGGUUCUCGGGGAACUUCUCUUGCAAUGUUCUGCAGUUCCUGUUGCCAUUGCGGAUGGUCCCGUUCCCUUACAACGACCUAAAGUUGACCUUGCCAUUUUGGAACAAGAAUUGAACCCUACCGAUUUUAACAUAACUUGUACCACCAGAGAUUCCGACAGCAUUGGAAUAUUUUCUGGAAAUCCUAACCUUAAUUCGCGUUGGAGAAAUGGCUACAUCGUCCAGAUUGCGCCGCAGUGGAGUACUGCACAAGCUCAACUUAUAGAAGGCGCGAGGUACGAAAUUAGCACCAAAAUUUGCAUCCCAAUCAUGAAAUGGCCCACGGGAUCGGCGCCGAGUGGAGAUUACGUGUACAUUCAGAAAGGAGGGAGUGGUUCGGGAUGUUACUCGGAUGGCAUUGGGAGAAGGGGUGGCCGACAAAUCAUAAAUCUGCAGGAUCCCGGCUGCGUCACUAAGGGAAUAAUAAUGCACGAAAAUAUUCAUGCCAUGGGAUUCCACCAUGAGCAAGUUCGCCCAGAUCGCAACAACUAUAUCACCGUGUACCCAAACGAGAUUGUGGACGGGAACGCCAAUACCCAGUACCAAAUCUACCAGGGCUCGUUACCUUCGGCGUUCCCUAUGACUUUUCCUCCAUAAUGCACUAUGGUUCUUACGAUUUUUCCAAGUAUGGAAAUCCUACCAUGCGAAAAAAGGAUGACUCAAUUAUUGUGAAGCAACGAAAUGGUCUCACAAACAAUGAUGUUGCCAAGUUACGAAAAAUGUAUAAUUGUUAAUUAUAUUGUUAAGGUUAACAUAUUUAAUCUUACUGCGACAACUAUUAAUAAUUGAUGAUUUUGGAAAAUAAAUACA